UAUCGUUUCGAAGAGUACAAACAAGGUGGACGAUACACUGUAGUACAAGAGACCACGUCCGCUUCGACAAUUGAUGAAACGAACGGUCCAAAACUACAACAGUACGAAAACUCGCUCAACAAAUUCAAAGAUGAGCGAGACGCUAUCCAGAAGAAAACCUUCACCAAGUGGGUCAACAAGCAUCUUGUCAAGGCGGGUCGUCGGGUGGACGAUCUUUUCGAAGACCUCAAGGAUGGCCACAGCCUGCUAUCUCUCUUGGAAGUACUUUCCGGAGAAUUCCUCUCGAGGGAAAAGGGUCGUAUGCGGUUUCAUCAGUUGCAGAAUGUCGAGUCGGUGCUGAACUUCCUGCGUUCGAAAAAUGUGAAGACAGUCAACAUUCGACCGGAGGACAUCGUCGAUGGUAACCCAAAACUCACACUCGGACUGAUCUGGACGAUCAUCCUGCAUUUCCAGAUUUCCGACAUAACUUUCAACCAGAACAAUGAGGUACUAACGAGCCGCGAGGCUCUCCUUCGAUGGGCUCAACGGACGACCCAGGGAUACCCAGGCGUCAAAGUUCGGGACUUCACGUCUUCCUGGAGAGACGGUCUCGCCUUCAACGCCAUCAUCCACAGAAAUCGUCCCGACCUCAUCGAUUGGCACUCCCUGUCCCGACACGAAGUACGUGAAAACCUGGAGAACGUAUUCAACGUGUCCGAACGGGAGCUCGGUGUCACUCGUCUACUGGACCCCGAGGAUGUCGAUACGCCUCAUCCCGACGAGAAAUCUCUCAUCACCUACCUGUCAUCGCUGUACAACGUUUUCCCCGAGCCGGCUACGCGCAAUCCUUUCGAAGACGAGAAGCAACGUGUCAUCGACGAGUAUCGUGAUCUCUCGUCGUCGCUGCUAUUGUGGCUGAAGCAGAACGUUCCCCGUCUCCAGAACCGAAGCUUCCCCGACCGGAUCGAAGAGGUUAAGCAAUUGUACCAAGACAAUGCCACCUUCAGAUCCAUUGAGAUCCCACCCCGUCUCAGCGAGAAACAACGCCUGCAGAGCCUUUGGAAAGAUAUGCAGAAGAUGAUGCGCGAGAAUCGCGUACAGAUGGAUGACCAGCUCCGUUAUGAUUACCUGGACACCCAGUGGAAGAAAAUGCUUCACGCCCACGAGGACCGUGAUCGCGCACUACAGGAUGAAAUCACCAGACUCGAGAAACUCGAACGGCUCGCCGAAAAGGUCCAGCGUGAAGUUCGAACCACUGAUGGGAAAUUGGACGAUAUCGAGGCCAGAAUCAGGGAAGUCGAAAAAGAUCUUCCUCGACUCCGGCCCGAAGAAGCGAAGAGAACGUGCGAGGUUUUCGAACGAGACCUCAGAAGGAUCGAAGAAACCAUUCGCAUGCUCUUCAAAGACGUCCAGGUGCUCAUGGACGGCAGAUACUACCGUUCAAGAGAACUGCACAGGCUGGUUCAAAACCUGCAACAGAAAUGGGACAACGUACGAAUCUCAUACGAACGACGUCUCAUCGAUGCUCUCAACAAUCGACAGUACAAGGUCGAAGAGAAGAAGGUCGUCAAGGAACGACAAGUGUUCUCCGAAGCUCGACUCUUGGAAACUAACGAUGCUUUCAAGUUCCUACAACAAUGCAUCGAGUGGGUCAAGGAGAAAUUGAAAUAUCUCGAGGAGGCCGAAUACGGAAACGACCUCCCCUCAAUCCAAUCGCUCGUCUCCGAGCACAGGACCGAACAGAAGCUCAUCGACCAGUUCCAGAAGAACAUCGAUACGUGCGUCUCGCGCAAGAAGCACUUCCAGGGCCAAGAGCUCGAUUUCUAUUCGAGAUUGCUGGCUCAGCUCGAGCGAGGCUACUCCGACGUCGUCGUGCAAUCGAACAAACGCAUGUCCGAUCUCGACACGUUGCUCGAGUUCGUGAAACGAGUUCACGAGGAGAUGAUGUGGCUCAACGAACGCGAAGAUAUCGAAAUCAGUCGGGAUUGGGCCGCGGCCAACAUCAAUCUCGUUGAGGUCGAAGCUCACCAGACAUCGCUCUGCCACCAGAUGGAAGGCCGCGAGUCGCAGUUCAACUCGGUCCUCGACCAGGGUAACAGUCUGAUCCGUCAACGCCAUCCGGCUCAUAAGACCAUCGAUCAUUUCCUUUCGGCGAUGCACUCGAGCUGGAGCUGGAUGGUUGAGCUGAUCCACGCGCUCCAAAUCCAUUUGCGUCACACCCAGGACCACCAGCGCUUCUUCCGCGAGGCCAAGGAGUGCGAGCAGUGGAUGCAGACGAUCGAGGAGCGUCUGAACUCGACGUUCUCGCGAACGGUGUUCUCAAUCGACGAGGGCGAGCGUCUUCUGAAGCAAAUGAACGACAUGCGAGAGGACGUUUCGCGUUAUUCGUCGAUUGUCAACUCUCUGAUCGAUCGCUCGAAGGACAUUUAUCCUCUCAAGCAACGACGCCAGCCCCUUCCGAGACCUCUGCGCGUCAACGCCGUCUGCAACUACAACCAAGGCAACAUGCAGAUCUACAAGAACGAGCAGUGCUGGCUGCACGACAACAGUCAGAGACAGAGGUGGAAGAUCAUCAACCAGAAAGGCGCCGAAGGUCUCGUGCCCGGCGUCGUUUUCGCCAUUCCGCCGCCGAACCCCGAGGCGAUCGACCUCGCAGAGAGUCUCAAGCGCAAGUACGAGGCGCUCAUCAAACUCUGGACGAAGAAGCAACACAAACUCCGUCUGAACAUGAUCUUCGCCACAAUCAACAUCGUCAAGGGCUGGGACCUGAAGACGUUCAAGGCGAUGGAACCCUCGCAGAGGGAAAGCAUCAUUAGGGCGCUCAACGACGAUGCCGAUAAACUCCUCGCCGAGGGAGACAAGAACGAUCCUGACAUGAAACGUCUGCGAGAUGAAAUCAAGUACAUCAACAAACUCUAUCAGGAUCUUCUGCGUCAGCUCAAAGAAGAAGAGGCCGAGAACUCGCCGAACUCACCGGCGAGGCGCUUCCAGGAGACGUCGAACAACCUCGACCAGGUUCUCCGGGAAAAGGAGCGAAUCCUCACCCAGCGACUCAAUGAUCCGAUCCCGCGCGACCUCGACGCCCUGGACGAGCUUCACUCCCAGCACAAGGACUUCGAACGCGACCUCGGCAGCUACGAGGGAAUGAUCGCCGAAAUGAAGGUCGCCUUCAAGCAGAUGACCAAGAAAACUCCCACUCACCAGGACAAACACGACCGUAUCGUCGCGCUCUGGGACAAACUCUGGACUCUCUGCAGGGCCUACGCCGAAAGGUUCAAGGCCGUAGAGCUCGCCAUUACCUCUCUGAAGGAAGCGACUCAAGCCGUGUCCAACGUUGAGAUCUCUCUGGCUUCUUACGAAAACCUGCCUCAGGAUGAAGAAGCUCUCAGAAAGAUUCACGAGGAUUUGCUCGCCAUCCAACUUGAAAUGCAACAACAGCAGCCCCUCUUCGACCAAUUGGUCACCAACGUGACCCUCGCGAAGAAAGUCACCGAAAAAUCUCGGCAGAACGUCUACACGCACCCCGAUCUGCGGAAACUCGACGACGAUACCAAGAGGGUGUUGAAACGCUGGAGCGACGCGUUGAAUCAGAUCGCUGAGAGGCUUCGUAGCUGCGAAGCUGCCUCAGAGAUGCUGAGGGCCUACAGGAAUAAGAUGGAUGACGAGAAGCAAUGGGCAAACCAAAUGACAAUUAAGGUGAACACCAUCAAAGAAGUGAAAAGCUCUCGCGACGCGGAGCGCGAGUAUCAGCUAGCCUUGUCGCUAUUUACAACCCUCACGGAAAGGAAGCCUAUCCUUGAGGAUCUUAACCUCGUGGGCGGCCGCUACAUUCGUGAGGCGAAGAUCUACGAUCUCAGAAACAAAAACUACCGGGAAAGUCUUGAGGACGCCCAUCCUAGUCUAGAUGCUAGUCUCAAACAAAGAAGAGGAUUGCCAGGAGCGAACGGAGCCGACGUGGUCGAGACAGAGCUCGACCAAGCCAACGCUGAGUACCGACAAACCGGAGAAAAAUUGAGUUCGCUUCUGCAUAGCAUGCAGAAGUACUUCACCAGUGAGGAAAGGCACAAGGUAGACUCCGAACAACUACUGAGAGGUACCCCCGACGUACCACCGGUUCCUAGCAUUGUGACCUAUCAGCAGCUCCAACAACAAAAGUGGCAAUCGCCCCAGGAGCCCACGGCUCCGGUUCCGUCGUCGUCCUCAGCGACGACGACGACGACAACCUCUGCCUCUGAAAAGUCGACGUCGCCUUCCGAAAUGGAAUUGGGAGACUCGACCCUAAGAGGGUCGUCACUGACGAUUACCGAAGUCAAGUCGACGAAGCUCAUUAAAACUCACGAAGACAAUCCCAACGCGGACUUCCUCGCUAGGACCGCCCUCAAGGACACUCGCAGUGACCAGAGGGUUCCUCUUUGCGUGGCGUUGCGUUGCGGGAUCAUCGAUGCCAAAUCAGGUAAAUUCGUUGACACCAAAACCGGCAAACUGCUGAGCGCAGAAGACGCUCUCGCAAGCGGUCUGGUGAAUCAGCAGUACCUGGACGUGUUGCAAGCGCCUUGCGGUCUCGUCGAUACGAAGACGCGGCAGGAGCUCACGUUGUUCGAUGCGAUUCGUUUCAAUUUCUACGAUCCGCAUAAACAGACUCUACUCGACUCGAAGGGCAAUCCGAUCUCGGUUCAGAAAGCCGUCCAGAGCGGCCUUCUCCGCGAUCCAGAAUUGAUGGUUAAGAAAUUGAAGCUCAUCCGGGUGACACGACUCAGCAUCACGGAAGCGUUCGACGCCGGUCUAUUAAACCCCAAGGACAGUCGGGUAACAGACCCGAUGACUGGCGAAAGCUACAGCAUCGAUGAGGCGUUCGAUAGGAAACUGAUCGAGCCGAAACGAGAGAACGACGAAGGCUUGACGCUAACGUACGCCCUCGAUCGAGGCAUGGUCGACGACAAGGGACGUCUCACGGACAACUGUUCCGGCGGUGUGUACGACCUCAACGAGGCGUUGACCCGCGGCGUUCUGUGCUCGGAGACGCGCGAGGUCGUCAACAAAAAGUCCGGGAAAGUUGUCAGUGUACCAACCGCUAUUCGGGAAGGCGUCAUCAACGUCCGUAAUGGCCAGUACGUCGACGAGCAGACCCGAGAACGGCUCUCGCUCGGCGGAGCGCGGAAACGCGGUCUCAUUUCGCCGUCACUGACGUUGAAGGACGCCGAGUCCCAGGACCUCCUGGACGAGUCCGGGACCAUUCUGAACCCCUAUUCGAACAAGAGGAUCAGUCUGCUCGAAGCGGUCUCCCUCGGUUUGUUGGACGCUAACAUCAAAUGCAUUCUCCAUCCGAUCAGUCAGGAAGCGAUGUCGUUGAGCGAAGCCAUGCACCAGGGCAUCAUAACCCCCGACGGGAAAUUUGUAAACCCGCGAACUCACGAAACCAUGAGCAUUGUCGAAGCCGUUCACCGAGGCCUGAUCUCGUCGGUGAGCCAGAAGAUGAUCUUCGAGGUCGAGGGUUUCCAGGACACCAAGACCGGGGACAACAUCAGUUUCAAUCAGGCUGUUCACCAGGGUAUCAUCAACUUGAAGAACAGGACCUUCAAGGACACCAAAACCAAUCGGACGAUGCCGCUCCGAGAAGCUCUGAAUAAAAAGCUCAUCCUCGAUCAAGUUUACGAAAUGCUCACGAAACCGAUCGGUCUCAAGGACGACAACGGACAGGAAAUCACCCUGCUCGAAGCCGUUUUCACCCGUCGCGUAGACCACAAAACCGGUCAGCUGCGUCAUCCCAAGACCUUGAUGCCGAUCUCGUUGCGGGACGGUGUCAAGGAGGGCAUCAUAAGCCCUGAGGGCGCCGCUCUCCUCCGAGGUCUGCUCCGGAUAACGGUCAGCACGGCGACCGUGACGAAAACGAUCACGCGUUACGUCACCGUUCAGUCGAAGGCCGGAUCCGCCGAAGUCGGAAUCUCGUUCCAGGAAGCCGUUCGGAAGGGACUGAUCAACGAAAACAACGCGACGUUCAAGCACCCGAAGAGCGGCAAAGUCGUCAGUCUCGAAGAGGCCAUCAACGACGGACUUCUGGUUCUCUCCGCCGAAGGCACUCGCGACCUCAAGGCUGUCCAGGCCAUUCUCAACACCAAGACCAAAACGCGGGUGGUGACGACGGAACGCGAGAUGAGAGAAGUGAUUGAGAAAUCGAGGUCGAGGAGUAGCUCACCGACAAAGCCUCAGCACCAGCUGAAGGCGGAGUCCAAAAUCGAAGUCAGCCCUUCGGGGAGCUCAGUCAGAACUAGUCUUGGCGGGACCGGUACGUCCAAAGAGAUGUCGUACGAGUGUUUCUAUGAGGAAAGUCGGGUUGGGACCACCGACAGCCAGAGCAAGCAAGCGAGGGACGAUGAAGCCGUUUCGAGGAAGAUUUCCGUCAAGGUCGACACCAAGGAUUCGAAGACCGACGGGAAGUCAUCUCCGGAGAAGAGGUCCCCCAGCCCUUCGAAGCCGGGCAGUCCCGAGCACAAGAAGAGCAAGCGAACCGAGAGCGAAACCUCAAAGAAGGUCGAGACAGUCAAGUCGGAGUUCCGGUCGAGUCACACCCGGGAGAGUUCUUCAUCGACGUCAUCGGUGAAGUCGUCUCCGACAUCGAGAUCGGGAAGUCCUCUGAAAACGACCGAAACUCAAAAAACUGUGAUUACGUCCUCGAGCGUUUCUUCGCCCACCCCUGCCAAACCGAAAACGAAAGAAACGCCCUCCUCCGUCCAGGGAUCCCGUGAAUCGAGCCCCUCCAAGUCGGGCACCAGCAUCUCCACGCGCGCGGAGUCCAAUCGAGAGCGGGAGUCCAAGACGCGGAGCACCAGUCCCUCGAAGAAGGCCGCGAGCUCGGCGAGCUCUCGACCGACGAGUCUUCCGGACACGACGUCGACCAUCGUCUGCGACAUUCCAUCGAAGGGUUGGAAUUUGAAGGAAGUUCUCCAUCGAGACAUGCUCGACGCUGGCAGCGGUCUUCUGACCCUGCCCGGCACGGACCGGAUGGUCACCCUCGAGGAAACCGUCAAGCUCCAGCUCAUCAAUCCCGAUUCGGCUCAGGUGACCGACACCCGCACCGGGAAGACCUACAACCUGCUCGAGGCUUUCCAGAGAGGUCUUCUGGACUCCACGGGCUCCACGAAGACGAUGGUGAAUAACGUCUCGUUAAAGGAAGCCUUGGAUUCGGAAAUCAUCAGACUGCUCGAGCCGGCCGUGCCCGAAAGCGAACCCAGAAAACAACUUCAUAUCGCCCGACCUGUUCACGAGGAGCUGGGCAGAGCUUUGGAGACGCUGAAACCAUUCACGACACCCACGCCUCUCACUAUCGUGAGGCAUCCCGAAACCGGCCUGGACAUCGAUCUGGGAACAGCUGUCGAAGCGGGCGUCGUAUCGACGAGCGACGUUGUGAUCAGUGAUCUUCGCUCGGGCCAGAGCUUCACUCUUGAACAAGCCGCUAAACAAGGGAUCGUCGACGAAGAUAGUCUCGUGUUCACCGAUCAGCAGACUCAGAAGAAAAUGGGUCUGUCCGACGCUAUCAAGCUCGGGCUUAUCGCGGUUUCGGCUCCCGCGGCUCUGGGUGUCGAAGCGAUUAAGGACAUCUCCCAGUUGAAAAAAGCACGCGAUGAGAGAUUACAACAGACCGUCACUUGCACCGAGCCGGUGCGCGCCACCACCGAAACAACGAAAAUCGUUCGGAAGGCCGAGCUCGUCAUCCGGGACGCGCAGUCCGGACGAGAGAUCCCGGUGGACGAAGCCCUGCAGAUGGGCAUCAUCGAUUCGGGACUCGCGAAGGAGCUGCGGGACUCGGCCAAAACCACCGAGCACACGGUCCACACCACGACCACCGUCCUGGUGACGGACCCGAAAACCGGACAGGCCAUGACGCUCGCAGACGCGCUCGAGAAAGGCGUUCUCACCAAAGACGCCGUCGAGAAACUCCAACGGGGUAACGUCUCCGGGGUUCUGACCUCAGUCCAGACAGCGUUCGUGGGUGAGGACAAGGGCGCGACGGUUUCGUAUCAGGAGUUCAUGACGCGACCGAUGUCGGAAUUGACGAAAACCGCCGGCGAAACAAAACUCACCAUCAAGCCGUCCGAGGCUCUGUCGAAGUCCAUCACGCGCACCGAGGAGUCGAUAACGAUCGGUCGACCACCCGUUCUCCUGCAGCGAAUUCGACGGAUUCUCUAUCCGGCCAACGUGGCGUUCCAACGCGGCUACAUCGAUGCGGCCACGAGGGACGUGCUCGAGGAGGUCGUUCAGAAGAAAGAUCAACUCGGACCGAUGAGCCUAUCAGAAGCUAUUCGCAAAGGACUCGUCCAGGACUCCGAGAUCACGGAUCCUCUGAGCGGUCAGAAGUUCCGGCUGUCAGAGUGUACGGAGAAGAAAAUCGUCGACGACCGCUCCGGUCUGCUGGCGAUUCCCGUGGGAAGACCGCUGGCGCUGGGAGAAGCCCUUCAACAGGGGGUUAUCGACACGAACAAAGACGAGAUAGUCCACCCCGAAACUGGAGCCAACCUUAGUCUUCAGGAGGGAAUACUCUGUGAUAUAGUCGACUAUAACUCAGCUGUGUUGCAUCCGGAUGACUCGAGCAAACAGCUGUCGAUCGACGAGGCCAUCUCUCAAGGCGUUCUUGACAAGGUCACCGGUGAGUUUUCCGGCGCGGGAGGUAACCUACCACUCCACAAGGGUGCCGAGAAGUUCGUUCCGACCAUACUGAGCGAGAAGACCACGCCGAGCACCGCGAAGAAAAUGCCGAAGUUGGCGUUGACGUUCCCGGUGGCGCUGGAGCGCGGUCUGAUCGAUACUCGGAAAAAGGAAUUCACGCAUCCGGCCACCGGCUCGAAGAUGUCGGUCAAGGAAGCCAUUAGGAAAGGUCUCCUGCUCGAUCAACAGAUCGCUGUAGCUGAAGAUAGCUUCGAUGUCGUGCAGGCGCUCGACAGCCAACUCAUCGACUCGACGAUGCUGAGCGUGAAACAUCCGAAAACCGGCUCGACGACCCCGGUGCGAGACGCGAUGGAGUCGGGCUCGUUGCAGCUGAAGCCCGUGCCCGCGAAACCGCUCAUGGAAUCCUCAAGCAAGGUGACGUCAUCGAAAAUCACGGCUAAGGUGACGACGAUCAAGAAAACACUUUCCAUCUCGCCCGGUUACGAAAUGGCGUCGAAAGAUAGCGUGCGCGAACGAGCUACCGGUAGAGUCCACCCACUCGAUGAGGCCAUCGCGCUCGGAUUCGUCAAGGUGGAGGCGGAAAGUAAGGACACCAAGCAGACCCUCUCCGAUGCGGUAGCGUGCGGCGCCGUGGAUUUGGAGAAGGGUGUGUUCACUGACCAACUGACCGGACAGUCCAUGCCACUGCGCGAAGCCCUGGCCAAAGAAGUGCUCGUUCUGGAUCGACAGCCGAAAGGCAGCACGAAAUACGGUCUCCCGGAUCUUUUCGAGUACUACGAUCAGGAGUCGAAACAAUUCCAACUGCCCAACGAACCCCGCCCGCUUAGUCUCGAAGAAGUCACCCGACGAGGCCUUCUGGACGCAACCGCCGUCGUGUACCUGCCGGAGAGCGGGUCGAAGGUCUCCGUCGGAGAGUUCGUCGAGGACCCUGAAAACUUCAAGCUGCUGGAAAAAGGAAAACUGAACGUUGCCGGACGGACAAUCGACGUGCAACAGGCGCUCAAGAAGGGUCUCCUGGCCACGGUUGCGGCACCCGCGGUGGCCGCGUACGAGAUCGCUCGAAGCACUUCGUCGGCCAUCCGAAAAGGAAUACCAACAGAACGGAGCCCAUCGCCAACUAAGGCAUCCACCCACAUGUCGAAGCGGGAAGAAUCAUCGGCUUCGAGCAAGAGUGUCAUUUCCAGCAAGUCAUCCCGUUCCGCGAGCCCAGAAAAACGAGCGCUCUCCGCGCAUGAAGUGACCGAAGUGACAACCGUCGUGAAGAGCGGUUCUCCGAAACACCAGAUAAUCGAAGUCACCCGAACCGUGGGUCCAACGAGUCGCGUACCGCCCAAGGAGGGACAGGGUUCUCCAGUAUCGAGGGCAACCGUUUCGACAACGGUCACGAGCCCCAAGAGAGCGGCGAAGUCGACGGUUCACGAAGUUUCCGAGGAGGAGGUGACCUUCCGGAAAGAUCCGACGCCUCCAGCGGAAAUGACGAAAACCCCGCGGACUCCGAGUCCUCCGAAGUCAACGAGGGAAAGGGUCGCUACGGUUCCCGCGCAGGAACGCUCUCCGAGUCCGAAGAAAACAGGUGAUGUGAAGGUUACAUCCUCAACGACUUCUUCCUCGUCCUCAUCUGAAGUUCAGAAAUCUUCGGCUUCGACAGCGGUAGAAAGCGGCAGUGUCAUGCGCUCAAGAUCAUCGUCACCGGUGAAGAAAGAGUUCAGCUCAAGGACGGUGGAGAUCUCCCACGAAUCGUAUAGCUCAGUUUUGCCAUCGAAAUCUGAAACUUCCAAGAAAUCCUCAUCGUCUUCGGUGAGCAGCUCAUCGCGUAGCGAACAGAAAUCCACGAGCAGAUCGAGCUCGCCGAAGAAGUCCUUUGCCGAAGUGCGCGAACAGAAGUCGGAAGUGGUCGGUGAGACUUCGGUGAAAUCAUCUGAGGAGGUUCAGAGCAGCUCAUCUUAUUCGGAGGUCAGCUCCUCGCGGAGCCGGUCGUCUUCGCCUUCGAAACGAGUCACUUACGAGGAGCACGUCACAGAAAUCGAAACGACGAUUCCUUCCGUGCCCAAGACCUCUUCGGAGUCCAAGACCCAACGAAAAUCUAGUUCUUCGUCUUCGGUUUCGCCUCUGAGGAAGCAAUCUUCGGAGAGGAAGAGCGAGGCCACGUCCGAUGUGUCGAGUCGAUCGUCUUCGAGAGUGGUCAGCGAGGAACGCUUUUCAGAAGUCGUUUCCCAACGCUCGACUUCGCCAUCGAAACGAGCGCCGGAGCAGAAGCCCUCACCUACGAGGCAGGUCGAGCUUGAAGAACGCACGGAAACGAAGACGAGAUCCCCCUCCCCCACCAAGAGGGUUGUCAAGUCGCAAGUCUCCGAAACGAGAACUUCAGAGAUCACUGGAUCGCGCUCGCCGCCGGAAGAGCAGGCAACAGAAAUACGUUCGAAAGAAACCUUCUCGGCCACGAGCAGUCGAUCGGCUUCGCCUCUGAAGCGAACGGCGGAAGAGAAAGUUGAGACGGUCACGUCGAAGACGUCCCCUUCUAGGAAAUCGGUCGAUCGCGAGAGCGUUUUCGAGAGGCUCAGCAAGAGCUCUGAGAAACAAGCCCCCGCCACCAAGAAGCUCCACUCAGUCGUCGAAAGCUCAAAGUCCUCGUUCUCGGAGUCCAAGACGUCUUCCAGCCGGUCCGAGUCGCCUUCAAAGCGAGUCGUCGAGGAGAAAUCGUUCGAGUCGGUUCUUGAAACGAAACAACGUUCUCCGUCGCCUUCGAAACGGUCCACUGAGCGAUCUUCGUCCUACGCGAGGAGUUCCGCUCAGGAGACGUCGAGCUCGACUUACGUAUCAGAAGUGCGUCAAUCGUCAUCAUCGAGCUCCAAAACCAGCAGCCGGUCGGUUUCGCCGUCGAAAGCAAUCAGCGAGAUAACGAGCAGCACGGUCGAGACUUCGUCGAGAACUUCGUCUCCUUCGAGGACGAAGGUGAAGGUCAAGGAGAGCUCUCGGCAAAGUUCGCCUCUGAGGCAGGUGGCGCUUGCCAGCGCGAGUGAACUCGACAGUCCCGAAUGGCAGAAUGUCAGGGAAUCCUCGAGCUUUACCGACACCGAAGUCGUUGUCAAGCAGAUGUUCACCGAAUACGAAAAACAUUUCGAAGGAGAAAUGGUCGUCGGUUCGAAAACGAGCGUUGAUAAGAUCAUCGCCAGCGAUGUGCUGGCCGCCAAGCACUUCAUGGUGCACAUCCCCUCGACGGGCGUCACGAUGAAACUGGAGGACGCUCUAAUGCUCAACAAGGUCUCAAGCAAGAGCAAAAUUCUGGUACGCUCUCUCAACGAACUGGUGCUCAUCGAAGAGGACGAGGAGUCCGCGGACAACGCGUACCGGUCCGCCCUGAUGGAGCAGGAAAGUCGGCUGGAGUCCUCUUCGAAACUCAAACGCGAAUUCUACGAUUCCCAUAAGCAUAUUUUCGUGAAAGCAGGCGGCAGCCAGCAGAUUAAUUUCGAACAGUUCGUCGAAACGUCCAAUCUCAACAACAUCCGCGUGAAAGACAUGAAGUCGAACGAGUUUGUGAGUCUUCGCGAGGCUUUCGACAGAGGUAUAAUCGAUCGAGCUACCGGUGAGUUUUUCGAUCACUCAUCCGGAGCGUCGAUGUCGUUUUUCGAUGCGGCAGAUCUGUCGUUCGUCACAUGGUCCACCGCUAGCAGCGAACAGCGUUCGAGUACGCAGGGGGUAACCUCGGAAUUCCAGUCUCUCUCAGAAGCCAUCCGAGGGUUGUCGUUUGACCAGGAAAAGGCUGCCAUGCAAGAGAGGUACCGUGUCGCAGACGAGUCACUCACCAACCUCGCUUCGUGGCUUAGCGAAGUUGAGACCAGAAUCGCGAGCCUCGGAGCGCUCCACGAAGAGGUCAACCGACUCUCGCACCAACAGGCAGUAGCCAAGACUGUCAAGGAAGAGCUCGAAAUCAAUCGCAAGGUCGUCAACCAGACCUUGGAUCAGGUCCGUCAGAUUUCGAAGGAGGGCUCCGACAUGCUGUCUAGCUCGGAGAUUUCCAACCUCCAGCGAUCGGCUGAGACGGUGAAAUCCCGCUACGACAGCUGCAACAUCAACGCCGAUAAACUCCUGCGCAGGAUCGACACCGCGCUAGAGGAGCUCCAGAAAUUCUCGAGCGAGACGAGGACCUUUGUCGAGUGGCUGAAAUCCGCACAACGUACUCUCCUCGAAUUCGAGAAAUACUUGGCGAACGUGAGCAAUCUCAAGGACAACAUGGACCAGUUCAAGCAGUUCUCCACCGACGUGAUAUCUCAUCAGGCCGAUCUGCGUUUCCUCACGAUGGCUGCCCAGAAGUUUAUGGACGAGUCCAAAACUUAUCUGCGGCAGCUGAACGAGAUCCGUACCGCGCAUCCCGACCGUCUGGGUCACAUCGAGGCGCACGAGAGCGAAGUCAAGAGCCAGGUGAACGAAAUCACCAGCGAAUACCAGACCCUGCUGAACCGGGUCAACAAGCUCAGCGAGCAACUCGGCGGUCUCGGCGAACGUAAACGGAACUACCGCGAAGCCGUGGAGAAGGCUACGGUGUGGCUCAACGAUGCCCAGAAACAAGCCAAGAAGCUACUCGAGGAGCCGACAGGCGCCGAACCUCGUCAGAUUCAGGAUCAGUUGGACCGUGUCAGAGCUUUCAACAUGGACAUCAUCCAACAAGGCCGAUUGAUCGACAACGCCCGUCACGCCGGUGAAGCCCUCAUCGACAUGCUCCCCGCCGGAUCUAGCGAGAAAGUACAGAUCCAGGACACGAUCAAGAACCUCCAGGACGUCUACCAGCAGAUGGUCACUCUGAUCAGCGACAAAACCAACGAGCUGCAGAUGGCGCUCGUGCACUCGCAGGACAUCGAAGACGGCCUCAAUCGUCUCCUCAAGUGGAUGGACGACGUCGAGUCUCAGAUCAAGAUCCAGUCCCGACCUGCAUCUCUAAUCCGAGAACGACUCGACGAGCAGAUCCACGAGCACCGCGUGCUCACGCAGGAGAUCGAGAGCCAACGGUCCGUACUCGAGGCCAUGACCAAAACCGCUCAGCAGGCGAGACUCGCGAAGAAGGUUGAGCAGAAAUUGCGCGAUAUGCACUCUCGCUACGAGAAAGUGCUCGACAAACUCCGCAAGAAUGGUCAAGUUCUUGACGAAGUCUCUCACCAGCUGGAUCAAUUCAACAGCCAAUGCGGACGCUUCGAGGACUGGCUCUCGCAGCUGGUCGACGCCAUCGAAGAGGCCGGAGCCGCGCGUUCUGCUGAAGAGGUUCAAGCCCGACUGGAGGAUGUCAUUCGAAGGAAGAAUCAGAAGAAGGGAGAUUUCGAGGAUGUCAUGAGGGCCGGAAGGGAACUCACCGGUCGACGAGACGUCACCGAUACCUCGAUCAUAAAGGAUCGCCUCCGUCAACUCGAGCAGCUUUGGAAGGAGAUGGACAUUCGUCUCACCGAGCAGGAGAGAGCCAACCGCCAGAGGAUGGAACAACUCAACGCCUACGAAACACUUCGAGUCAAAGUGUUCGAGUGGCUUGCCUCGAUGGAAGCCAAAAUCGACCGACUCGAGCCAGUUUCGCUCGACAAGGACGCCAUCAGGAGACAGGCUAUGGAGAUCAAGCCUUUGGUCAAGGAACACGCUGACUACAGACCAACGAUCGAUAAGGUGAAUGAGUUGGGCCGAAUCUACGAAUCGCUCAUCUCCGAAGAGAGGGCCGGUAGCCGAAUGUCGCUAAAGAGCAGCCCCACAAGGAGUGAGUACAACAACGGGGGUCACCAGAAUGGCCACAGCAAUGGCCAUCACGGUCCCCAGAGUGACGCUACUUCGGACGAUACUGUCGACGCUGCCUCGAUCGCGCUAACAAACCCCAAGCACUCCGCUAAGCAAGCAGUGCACGCCAGUUUAAACAAAGCAGAUGUCAGUCCAGUUCAACAGCAACUCAGCGAGAUCAACCAUCGCUACCAGAUCAUCGGAGUGAAACUCUCUGACAGGCAGAGAGACCUCGAUGGCCUCGCCGAUGAAGUGAAGCGACAUCACGACACCAUCAAGUCGUUGUUGACUUUCGUUCAGACCAAGGAACGCCAAAUGCCGAAGGAGGUCUCACCUGCUUCUAAAGAGCUCGCCGACAAACAAUACGCAUCCCUGAAAGAGAUCCAAGCCGAUCUCGCCGACCGUCAGAACGAAAUGGACAGGGUCAAGAUCGAAGUCACCGACUUGCUCCGCAGGAAACCGAAUGCCAUCGGAGCCGACAGCCUCCAACAAUCCCUUCAGGAGCUCGUUCAGAAAUGGUCGGCUCUUCAGGCUCUCAUCCGAGACCAGAUGUCUCUUCUGAACGAUUUCAGAGACUUCCAAGACACGCACAGACUGCUCGACAACUGGCUCAGCCAGAAGGACAAGAUGUUCCAAGUGCUCGGUCCUAUCGCUCACGAGCCGCGCAUGAUCACGGCCCAGAUGCAGCAAGUCCACGUCAUGCGAGAUGAAUUCACCUCCCAGGAACCUCUCCUGCGCAGGAUGAACCAGUCGGGCAAUGAGAUCUGCUCGAAACUCGGACCUUCCAAUCCUGCUGCAAGAAAGGUCAAGGACGGCAUGGAAGACAUCCGCAAACGAUGGGACGAACUGCUCGGUCGUCUCCAGGAUCGCGAACGGAACUUGGACGCCGCGACCGGUGCCACGCAAGAGUUCCACAACGCCAUCAACAAGCUCCAGGACGCUCUCCAGAACAUCAGCGACAAUUUCGACCGAUUGGCCGACGACGCCGACAUCCAGGAACAGCUGAGGCGGUUAACGGGUCUCGAGGACGACCUGGAACGCCAGAGACCUCUGUUGGCCGAAGUCGAAAGCAUGUGCGACCAUCUCUGCGACAUUCUCAGCGAUCCGGCCUCGAAGAGCGAGAUCAAGAGCAAGUACGCGGCGGCCGACCGUCUGUACAACAACCUCAACAGGAAGAUGAGCAACCGUCGUGCCGAGCUGGAGAAUUCUCUGAAAGAGGACCGGGACUUCCUGCAGACCGUCAAGGACGUCCAGGACUGGUUCGACGAGAUCGACCACAAACUCUCGUCCGAUUUCAGAAUCUCAGCCGACGAGCACAUUCUGCGCCAGCAGAUCGAGCGCUACGAGCCGGUUUACCGCGAAGUUCUCGACAAGGAACACGAGGUGCACAUUCUCCUUUCCAAGGGUAACGAGAUCAUCCAGAAAAUGGGCAGGAACAAACCCGAAGCCCAACAGGUUCGGGCCAAGAUGGACAGCAUGAAAAAGAGCUGGGAGAAGAUCAAGCGUGAGUGCACAGAACGUCACACACGUCUCCAGACCGCCAUGGAAAACUGCAAGCGAUUCUAUUCGGCUCUCAACAAGUUCGGACCGUGGCUCCAGGGCACCGAGGCCAGGUUCAACGAGCUCAAGGCCCCGUCCUAUCUGAAAUCCGAGCUUGAUAAGCAAAUGCGCGAGAUCCAGACUUUCAAAAACGAAAUGUCCAGGCACGCUAUCGACUUCGAUAACGUCCGUUCGACCGGGGACAGUUUCCUCGCGUGUACCGAUGUCGACAAGGAGAAGGUUCGUGAGGAGCUCGACAACCUCCAACGUCGCUGGGAGAUCCUCAGCCAGGCCAUCAUGAACCGAGCUCAGGAUCUCGACGAGAUCGCCGCUCGCAUCGGCGAAUUCAACGACAAGGCCCGCGACGUCGCUCACACCCUGCAGAGAAUGGAGGAUCGCGCCGCGUCCCACGACGACGGAGCGAGGGACGCUCGCACCCUCGAGAAGAUAAAGGCUUUGCUCCGCGAAGCCCACGAAUUCCACAAGGAUCUUGACCGUCUACGUGCAUACGGUGAUUCCCUGGUGAACGCUGCGCCCAUCGGGUGCGACACGCGCCCGAUCUCUGACGCCAUGGACGAGCUGGAGCGCCGACACCGAGAGCUGACCAACAAGCUCGAGGACAAGUGCCACGAACUCGACGCGGCCGCUGGAGUUCUUGCGCAGUUCAACAACAGGCUCAAGAGCAUCCAGACGAACUUCGGUCAUCUCGAGGACGAGUACAACGAGUUCGCGCCGAUCGGUCGCGAUCUCCGCACGCUCAACGUUCAGAAGUCAGAGAUCAGGUCGUUCAAAGACAAACUGCACAGAGCCGCCGAAGAACUCGAACAAGCGGAACGCGAAGCCCGCGAAAUCGUCGCCCAGGGAUACACCCAAGACGCAAAGGGUCUAAGAACCCAGUUGGACAAUCUCAGGAAACAGCUGCUUCGUCUGACGGAAAAGGCCAACAAGCGCGAGGCCGGCAUCGAUGCCAUGAUCGAGAAACUGCAGAAGUUCUACGACGAUCUGGGAGACGUUUCGCGCAGCCUCAACGAGGCGGCGACCGAAGAACGAAACUUCCGACCCGUGGCUGCCGAUGUCGAGACGAUCCGUCAACAGCAGGAGGAGUUCAAACACUUCCGCCGAAAUUUCGUCGAACCUCUGGGUAAAGCAAUCGAGGAAAUGAACCGACAGGGCCAGGGUCUGAUCCAGUCCGCGCCGGCCGGAGUCAACACCGCUCAGCUCGAGAACGACAUCGAGAAGCUCAACAGCGAAUGGAAUCAACUCAAGGAGAAGGUCAACGAGAGAGAAAGAACUCUGGACGCUGCUCUCCUGCAUUCCGGGAAGUUCCAGGAAGCGCUCGCCAGUGUCGAAAAAUGGCUCCAGGAGACCGAGGAGAUGGUCGCCAAUCAGAAGCCGCCGUCGGCCGAUUACAAGGUCGUCAAGGCUCAGCUUCAGGAGCAGAAAUUCCUCAUUCGACUCAUUCAGGACCGACAGAGCAACAUCGUCUCGCUCAUGCGCAUGGGUGAGGACGUCAUGAAGAACGUUGCGCCGGCUGAGCGUGCGAAUAUCCAACACACGCUAGAGGAUAUUCGAGAACGUUACGAUAAACUCCAGUCCGGUGCGAAACAAAGAAUGGACGAUUUGGAGAGGGCCCUUCCCGUGGCCAAGGCGUUCCAGGACAAGAUGGCGCCUCUGGUCGACUGGCUCGAUCACGCCGAGAAGAAGUUGUCCGCCAUGCAGACCAUCCCGACGGACGCCAACCGCGCGGCCCAGAGAGCACAGGACCAUAAGAACUUGCACCGGGACAUUCUCGAUCACAAGAGAGACUUCGAAGAGCUCACGGAGAUUGCCCAAACCCUCAUGGGUCUGGUCGGAGACGAAGAAGCCCAGACGGUGGUGGACAGUCUCCGAGAACUCACGGAUCGUUACGCACGACUCGUCGAGGAAUCCGAAAGGCUGGAGGACAUGCUCCAGAACGUCAAGGAAGGUAUCAAAGUGUUCUCGGAGAACUACGAAGAUCUGCUCACGUGGAUGAGCGAGAUGGAACGUCGACUCCAACGCUACCAGAUUCUGAGCGUCUAUCCGGAGAAGCUGCAGCAGCAACUCGAAGAGCUUACUGAGCUUGGUGAGGAUAUCGCCGACCACCAACGGCAAGUCGAUGAAGUCGUUUCGGCCGGCCAGAGUCUGAUGCGAUACGCCACCGGGGACGACGCCUUCAACUUGAAGGAUCGUCUCGACAACCUCCAGGCGCGCUACAACGAUCUGGCCAGCAAGGCCGCCGAGCGAGUCCGUCAAGCUCAGGAGGCUCUGCCGCUCGCGCAGAACUUCCAUCAGAACCACGAGAAGGUUUCCGGCUGGAUCGACGAGGCCGAUGCCGUUCUGAAGUCGAUCGAGAACGCCGGCCUUAACGCCCAAGAGACCGCCAUCCACCGUCUCGAGCAGGACAUUCCCCAAGUGCGAAACAUUCUCGAGGUGGUCAACCACCUCGGACCGCAGCUGUGCCAACUCUCGCCCGGCGAGGGAGCGAACGCCAUCGAAUCGAUGAUGACUCGGCUCAACCGACGAUUCGACGCCAUCUGCGAGCAGAUCCAACGCAAGGCCGAACGUAUCGAGCUGUCGAAACAACGGAACAGCGAAGUGAUCGGCGAUCUCGACGAGCUCAACGACUGGUUCCGAGAUCUCGAGAAGCAGCUCCAGCACGCGGAACCGAUCGUCCCCGACAGGGAUGCGCUCCGAGCGAUGCUCAAGGAGCACAAGGUCAUCUGCGAGGAGGUCAGCAGCCAGAAAGGUCGCGUGAGGGAUCUUCUGGCGGCCGCCAAAAAGGUCAUGCGCGAAUCGACGGGCGAAGACCAAUCCCUGAUCCGAGACAAGGCCGAGAACCUCAAGGACAUCUCAAACCGCGUCUCGCAGCUCUGCGCCGACCGCCUCAGCGCACUGGAGCAGGCCCUGCCGCUCGCCGAGCACUUCUUCGACACCCACGAGGAACUGGUGCAAUGGCUCGAGGUGAUGGAGACCGAGGCGGAGUUGCUCGGAGCUCCCGCCCUCAACCCGGCCCAGAUCAAGAAGCAGCAGGACAAGAACAAGGCGCUGCUCCAAUCGAUGAACGACCACAAGCCCCUUCUGGACAAGCUGAACAAGACCGGCGCGGCCCUCAUCAAACUCGUGCCGAUGGAGGAAGGCCGCACGGUGCAGUACAUCAUGAACCAGGACAACCAGCGCUACAACGACCUCCGCAACCUGCUCAAAACUCAACAGCAGGCCCUUGAAGAAGCGAUGCAAUCGACGGCCCAGUUCGCCGACAAACUCGAUGGCAUGUUGAACGCACUCGCGAACACUGCCGACCAGUUGAACAACGCUGAACCGAUUUCCGCCCACGUCGAGAAGAUCCAGGAGCAGAUUUCCGACAACAACGCCAUCGUCGACGACCUCGAAAAGAAAUCCUCCGCUCUCGACGCGGUGCGCAAGGCGGCCAAGGACGUAAUCUCGAAGGCCGACGGGGACGAGCCCGCAGUUCGCGACAUCAAAAAGAAACUCUCCAAGCUCAACGAUCUCUGGGACGAGAUCCAGGGACUGGCGAGCAAGCGCGGCCGUUCGCUGAACGACGCGCUCGCGGCGGCUGAACGCUUCUGGGACGAGCUGAACGCCGUCAUGCGAGCCCUGAAAGAACUGCAGGACAACAUCAACGCCCAAGAGCCGCCGGGAGUCGAGCCCAGCGCUAUUCAACAGCAGCAGGACGUGCUCCAGGAAAUCCGCGAGGAAAUGGACAACACCAAGCCCGAAGUGGAUCAAUGCAAGCAGGCCGGCACCGACCUGAUGAGGUUAUGCGGCGAGCCAGAUAAGCCCGAAGUGAAGAAACACAUCGAAGACCUAGACCAAGCCUGGCAGAACGUGAUGACCCUCUACGCGAAACGUGAACAGAGUCUCGCGGACGCACUUUCGAAAGCGAUGGGUUUCCACAACACCCUCCAAGAUUUGCUCGAGUUCCUCGACUCGGCCGAGGACAGAUUCAGCAAAUUGGGUCCGAUCGCUUCUGAAAUCGGCACUGUAAAGCACCAAAUUGCCGAUCUCAAGGACUUCAAGGCCAUUGUGGAUCCGCACAUGGUCCAGGUGGAGGCCCUGAAUCGGCAAGCCAAAGAACUCACCGAACGCACCACACCCGACCAGGCUCGGCCUAUACGUGAGGCCCUCAAAGAGAUCAACAAACGAUGGGCCGCUCUCAACAAAGGCAUAGUGGAUCGCCAGAAAGAGCUCGAGAACGCUCUUCUAAGGCUGGGACAAUUCCAGCACGCCCUAAACGAGCUUCUCACAUGGAUCAGCAAGACCGACCGACAGCUGGACGACGUAAAAAUCGUCGUCGGAGACCCUCAGGUCAUCGAGGUCGAGCUGGCCAAGCACAAGGUGCUCAUGAACGACAUCCAGGCCCACCAGUCGACCGUCGACUCGAUCAACAAGGCGGGCCACCAGCUCAUCGAGCUGGACCGCAGCAGCCGGGACGCCGGCGAAACGCAAUCGAAACUCGCCAACCUCAACGCUAGGUGGCAGUCGCUUCAGGAUAAAGCCAACGAUAAGCAGAGGCAGUUGGAGGCCGCUUUACGCGAAGCACAGCUGUUUAGCCAGGAGAUCCAGGAUCUCCUCAUGUGGUUGAGCGACGUCGAUCAGCAGCUGGCCUCAUCGAAACCGGUGGGCGGGCUGCCCGAGACCGCGCGCGAACAACUCAACCGAUUCAUGGAGCUCUACAACGAAAUCGACGGCAACCGACACAAGGUCGAGAACACGCUGUCGCAAGGACAGGAUUUCAUCCGUCGGUCGGACGGCUCCGCCACCAACUUGCAGCAUAGCCUGAAAACGCUGAAAUCUAGAUGGGACUCCGUGCUCCAGAAAGCCAACGACAGAAAGAUCAAAUUGGAGAUCGCUCUCAGAGAAGCGACCGAGUUCCACGAGGCGCUCCAACAGUUUGUCGACUGGCUCACCGACAGCGAGAAGUACCUCAGCAAUCUGAAGCCCGUUUCGCGGCUCUUGCCUAGCGUACUGGAACAGAUCGAGGAACACAAGAACUUCCAGAAGGACGUUUCGGCCCACCGCGAGGUGAUGCUCAACCUCGACAAGAAGGGCACCCAUCUGAAAUACUUCAGCCAGAAGCAGGACGUCAUCCUCAUCAAGAACCUUCUGGUCAGCGUUCAACACCGCUGGGAACGCGUCGUGUCGAAGGCGGCCGAGCGCACGCGCGCUCUCGAUCACGGCUACAAAGAGGCCAAGGAGUUCCACGACUCCUACGAGGCCCUCGACAAGUGGCUUGGCGAGGCCGAGCAGACGAUCGAGGACCUCGCAAACGUCGGGAACGACCCGGAGAGAAUCAAGCGAACGCUUUCCAAACACAAAGAAUUCCAACGCGCUCUCGCCGGAAAGCAGGCCACCUACGACGCCACAAUGCGAUCGGGCCGACUCCUCAAGGACAAGGCCCCGAAGCAGGACGUUCCCACCCUCCAGAAAAUGCUCGACGACCUCAAGGAGAAAUGGAACCGCGUCUGCGCCAAGGCCGUCGACAAACAGCGCAAGCUCGAAGAGGCUCUUCUGUUCUCCGGACAGUUCAAGGACGCCGUUCAAGCGCUCAUCGACUGGCUGGACAAAUCCGUUCCGACUCUCGACCCGAACGAGAAGGUCCACGGCGACCUCGACACGGUCAACAAUCUCAUCGAGCAGCACAAGCAGUUCCAGGCUGAUCUCAAGAAUCGACAAGCCAACCUCGAAUCGGUUCGAAAGACCUCACGGGAAUUGCUCCGAACUGCAUCGGCUGAAGACGCUGCCAACAUCCGCCACCAGAUGUCCGACCUCGAGUCGAAAUGGGAGAACGUCAUGGGACUCUCGAACCAGAAACAACGUCGCCUCGACGACGCCUUACGUCAGGCGGAGCAGCUGCACAAGUCCGUGCACAUGCUUCUGGAAUGGCUUAGCGACGCAGAGAUGAAGCUCCGCUUCGCCGGACCCCUGCCGGACGACGAAGCCACCUGCAGGCAACAGAUAGCUGAACACCCGCUCAUGAAGGAGAUGGAGCAGCAGGAGCACAACAAGGAGAAAACGAUCGCGCUCGCGCACGAGAUUCUCCAGAAGUGCCAUCCAGAUGCCGUCAGCGUCAUCCGUCACUGGAUUACGAUCAUCCAAUCACGUUGGGACGAGGUAUCGCAGUGGGCUCGGCAACGCCUACAGAAGCUCGAGGACCAUCUUCGCGGUCUGCGUGAUAUCCUCGACCUUCUGGAUGAACUCAUGAGAUGGCUAUUGGGAGCCGAAGCGACCCUCACAGCGCUCGAAGCUCAACCGUUGCCGGACGAUAUCCCGACGACCGAGCAGCUCAUCGACGAUCACAAGAUCUUCAUGGACGACAUGUCCCGAAAACAACCGGACGUCGACAGAAUCGCCAAGGCUUUCACCACCAAGACGACUCCGCAGACCGCCGCCGCCAAGACGGCCGCCGGCAGGAGCUCGCGAAGUGGACCUGCAGGACGCUCGGGAACUCCCGGAAGAGCCGGAACUCCCACGAAAGGAGCUCCCGAUGCUCCCGGGACGAUCACCAACCCCCGUGCCCGUGAGCUCAUGGACAAAUGGCAAUCCGUUUGGCUGAUGGCUCUCGAAAGACAGAAGCGUUUGCAGGAUCACCUGAAGUAUCUGAGAGAACUCGAAGGUAUCAGGAACUUCGACUUUGACGAAUGGAGACGCAGGUUCCUCGGUUGGCUCAAUUCCAAGAAGAUGCGCGCCAUGGACGCCUUCAGGAAGAUUGACAGGGAUAAUGACGGCAAGGUCACCAAGCAAGACUUUAUCGAUGGCAUUAUCGACUCAAGAUUCCCCACCACUCGGCUGGAGAUGGAGCGCGUGGCCGACAUUUUCGACAGGAACGGCGACGGUUACGUAGAUCACAAAGAGUACAUCGACACACUCAGACCGGACCGUGAUAACCGACCACUUACGGAAGCCGAAAAGAUUCAGGACGAAGUCCAACGUCAAGUGGCCAAAUGUACCUGCGUCCACCGCUUCAAAGUCUUCCAAGUUGGAGAAGGCAAAUACAGAUUCGGAGAAUCUCAGAAACUUCGCCUGGUGCGUAUUCUUCGUUCCACCGUCAUGGUGCGAGUCGGAGGAGGUUGGGUCGCUCUCGAUGAAUUCCUCGUGAAGAACGAUCCUUGCAGAGCUAAGGGCCGCACCAAUGUGGAGCUGAGAGAACAGUUCAUUCUGGCUGACGGCGUCAGUCAAUCUAUGGCUGCAUUUAAGAGCAAAGGUCCCGGUGCCUCAUCGUUCGGAAAAGGACCCGGUGGUCUUCCGACUCAAGGUCCGAUCACUAAGGUUCGUGAAAAGACCGAGAAAAGCAUCCCGUUCAGCACCCAGCGAAAACUCGCGGCAGAAAGCGAGUCCGAGAGGUCAACUCCUCUUGGAUCUAGACCGAGAACUUCACAAUCGCGUUUGACGCCAAGCCUUGGCGGCAGUCGUCCUUCGUCGCGCCCUGCCAGCAGGGCCAACAGUGACCUGUCUACCGAGAGCCUGGAAGGAUUCAGACGCCGUACGCCCAGCGCCUCUUCGGGAACCCGCAUCCCGACACGUAGAACACCUUCGAUGACUCGGCAGAAGAGUGAUCUGCAAGCUCGCGAAAAAGGGUGGCGUUAA